CAAGGCGGGCCCGUCAAUUGUUGCCCGUCAGCUGAGAUGCUGUGUUGCUGUGUUGUGCUUGCACACUCGGGUUCCCAGCUUCGUUACCGCCUGGCGUGUAAUUUGUGCUGCAGUGGAUUGCAAUAUAUUACAUCACCCAUCCACCCAUCGCUUCUUUGUUAACGUGUGCAAUUGUAAACAAAAACACACACACACGCACCCAGAUUGCUUGUUGUAAACAACCGUUUACGCUUGGUGAAAAGAGUGAAAAGCAGUGAGUUGCUGUGAGUGUUGUGGCCCACCGUAGUAGUGAGAAGCGCCGCAGCAGUGUGUGAGCAAAAGCAGCAAGUGCACCACCACCGUUUAUCACCCCAAGAAGCGCGGCGCACGAAAACGGUUGUGUUGUGUGGUGCUUUGGUGUUUGGCGUGCCAAUUUGGGUGCAAAAAAAAGGGGGAAAAAGUGAAAAGUGAACCAGUGAAAAACGUUGGCCAAGCAACAUGGAGGAGAAAAGCUUGCUGCUGAACGUGCACAGCAAUCUGGAGCCACCGAAACCGGACGGGAACACGUUUCUGAUGCGCGGCAACUACCACUACUAUCAUUACGGGUGUGACGGAUUUCAGGAUAUGGGUUGGGGUUGCGGUUACCGUACCCUGCAAUCGAUCUGCUCCUGGAUCAUACAGAACGGUUCACCCAAAACGGUCACAUCCACCGAAGUGCCAAACAUUCCCACCAUCCAGCAGAAGCUGGUCGAGAUCAAGGACAAACCGGAACGCUUCUUCGGUUCGCGCGAAUGGAUCGGUACGCUCGAGGCGAUCUACGUCAUCGACACGCUGUACAACGUGUCCUGCAAGGUGCUACACAUCGCGCGCAGUGACAGUAUCGCCAAGCAUGCCGAUACGCUGCGCGACUAUUUCGAGCAGUACGGGGGGCUGAUCAUGAUGGGUGGCGAUAUGGAUGCGGCCUCGAAAGGUAUCGCCGGCAUACACGUGAGCGUCGAUCAGGAUGUGUACCUGCUGGUGGUGGAUCCACACUUUGUCGGACGGAUCAAGACGAAGGAGGAGCUGUACACGAAGGAGUACGUCAAGUGGCAGAAGGUGGAAGACUUUGUCGACAGUUCGUUCUACAAUCUGUGCCUGCCGAUGCUGAAGAGUCGCGAUCUGGCUGCGUAAGGAUGGCAGCAUACCAUAUCAUAUCAUCUCACCAACCAAGUGAUAGAACGGAAAAGGAACCAUCUUACAGAGUGGAAUGAUCGUGUUCUGCAACAUUCGUCGCCACACAUGGUUGUUUUAAGUUGAGUUUUCCCGUCCCCAUUAUUGGCCAUUUUUAACGAGCGUGUAUCGAUGCAUCAACGAGGGAAUCGUAUAUUUAUUAGUGAAUUUAACAAAACCAAACCCCUCCAACUAUUUAUCAAACCACAAAAGAAGGGUAUCAUGUGUUUCGGCCAUCAACGCCAUUAGUAGCAAAUUAAUAGAACGCGUUUAAGUCUCUUCUUACCGCAGCACGGGAGAAGGUAGUUGUUAGACAAUGAAGAACGUAAAAACGGAACGUAACACUAGUUAAGAACACGUUUUUGAUAUCGUAUAACCGAAACACUGUAAUCCGGAUGUAUAGCUGACGAGUGUUUAUAUGUAUUUAUGUGUAAGUGAAGAUGUGUUUAGCACAAAGCGAACGCUUCCAAAUACGAGAUGAAGCUUCUGUUUUAUUAUUUCCCUGUCGUAGACAAAAGGAAGGAGAAAAUAGCAAAAAGGGUCAAGCAAUCGGCAAACCUCGGCCGCCUCGAAGUAUGCAAUCCGCAUGACAAAAUUACCUUUAUGGCAACAGUUUUGAUUUGUAACUCGUUUGUCUCUGCGUCGUGAAGCGUGUCGCAUUGGAAAAUUAUUAUACAAACGUUGUAUAUUAACCGUAUUAUCCUGUUUAAAACGAGACGUAUUUAGCGAAUAAUAUUUCGUGAGGAAUAAAACGAACGUGUCCCAUAUCACACGACCUUUCCCGAGCGCUAUCCUUUAAGGGACCAACCAAAAAGAAAAAAAACAAUUAUUGGACAUAAAAUCAUACAGGAAAUCGAGGAGCGAUAAAAGCAUACUUUUAGAGCAAAUAAUCGUCAAACGGUUUGCCAUAAAAAAAUUGUUUCAAACACCGACGAUGUUCGGGAGAAGCAUUCGAAAACGAAACGUACAAGUAGCUAAUAUUAUUUAACCAACUAACUAGAAAUAUAUCAAACAGGGAAUCCGAGUUUUCUUUUAACAGUUUCACGUGUCUAUUAUUUAAUUGCUCGUAUCAGAGAGCGUAUCAUGCACAGAAAAGCAGCAGUAAACUAUCAUCAACACUACCACCGUCACACACUGCCACGCAGCAAAUCUGUGUUCUGGUGUUUUGUUCGAAACUACUAAUUUCUUCCCUUUAAUGGCUUUUUGCUACACUCUUGCUUUUAACUAUUGAAACCGCUAACGAUACUUUAAUAAACACAGCACACGGACACAAGAAAGCACGAACGAGGCAUAUAGAAAUGAUUUAAGUGAAUUUGAGCCAGCUUCUUUAAAAAAACGGAAAGCAAUGGUAAGCGCGGUACUAUUAUUAACACACGUGUGUUUUGUUUUGCAAAUUCCAAACCAAACCUCCUUCACAGAGCAGAUGUUAUUUUGUCGAGAAGUGUUUAUUUUGUUUGUUACGUAUAUUUAUAUGUGUAGACUAAAGAAGCAAUCUGUCGGUGGACGAAUAAAACGGGGCAGAAUAAAAUACAUAUUUACCUCCUUAAUCGUGGAAAGCAA